AUGGGAAGUUCGUCGUCCAAAGGAGCAGCAGCCAAGAUUACAGCCCAUGACCGGGCCAUCCUCGACCUCAAAGUCCAGCGCGACAAGCUGAGGCAAUACAACAAACGACUCGAGGGUGUGGUUGAGAAGGAACUGAGGCUGGCAAAGGGCCAUCUGGCCAAAGGCGAGAAACAGCGGGCCCUAUUGGCCCUCCGCCGCAAAAAGUUCCAAGAGUCCCUCCUCGAAAAGACUGUCCUCCAAAUGACCAACCUAGACGAGCUGACGAUGUCGAUCGAGCAGGCAAUGGUGGAGAAGCAAGUGUUUGCAGGGCUGGCGGCAGGAAACCAGGUUCUGAAGGAGCUGCACAAGGAAAUGUCGUUGGCAGAUGUGGAGAAGUUGAUGGAUGAGACGGCGGAUAGUAUUGCGUACCAGAACGAGAUUGAUGAGCUUUUGAGUACACGACUCUCGGUUGCUGAUGAGGAGGAUAUCGAAAACGAGCUGGAUCUUAUGAUUGAGGAGGAGACAAAGACAUUGCUUCCAAACAUACCAGUGAGCGCACUUCCAGAACUCGAGCAACAGGCAGUAGAAGAAGCCCAGAGCGAGGCAGAUCUGUUGGUCGAGACUAUGGCGUCCCAGGGUCGGUGUGUUGUGGAGGGGUUACAUCCUUGUAGGAGGAAGGAUAAGAUGCGGAAACGGCAGGCGGCGCAGAGGAGGAGGCAGCAGCAUUGUGGAGAGAGUGGUCGGGAGGACACUGAUGGUGGGACUGGGAGUGGGCAGGGUGGUAGUAGUGGUAGUGGUGGAAAUGGAGCAGGGGGAGGUGGGGAGUAUGAUGAAGAGAUGGCGAUGGAUGAGUCGUGGAGACGAUAUCAGCGUCAACGACCCGAGGAUCCAGCUACCCUAGUCGUCACAAGUACCGACAAUGCCACCAACGGGACCGGGAACUCAGGAGUCUCCUCCUCCUCCUCUCCCGAGACCGACCCCACAACCGGGACUAGGAUUGACCGAGAAGACAUGGUCGCCGAAAAGUUGUGGGAAUACGUCGUAGGCUGGUGCCUCAUCGGUUUUAUCUUUGUCGGAGCUGGACUCAUCAUCUGCGCGAAUUUCCUGGUCCACGAAGAUCCGGCCAACAUGACACCAUGGACGUUUGAUCCUGAGGAUGGGGCGAGUCUGAUGGAUACGAUUGUGGCGCAUAUCAUGAAAGCUGCGUUGGGGAUUAAGGAUUUCGAGGACCAGUUGAUGGAGCAUGGGAUCUUUGUGUUUAUUGUGGGGAUUAAUGGGUUUGUGCUUGUGAGGCAGAGGGUGUUUGGGAGGAGGAGGGGGUAUGAGCAGGAGUUGAUGAGAGGGGGGAUGAUGCUUCCGAUGGAGACGAUCAAGGAUGUGGGUGGUGGUGCUGGGUAUGAUUUGGAGGGUAAGGCUGUUGUUGGAGGUGAGAGUCUGGAGAUUGAGAGGGAUGGUGAAGGGUGUGGUGAAGGAAAGCGAGACUUUUAUGAGGAUCUGCAUCUUCACCAGGGGGUGGCGCAGGGAGUUGAGCGGUUCACGACUACGGAUCAAGUCUCCGCACAGACCGGCGCAUCAGCAGCAACCACUGGAACAGGGGCAGGAGUAGGUGGCAGUGGACCUGCCGAAAACACACCUAGUUCCAGCACCAGCACCGGCAGCACCGAUCCCCGUCCAGGAAUAUUGCCCACAACAACUUCAGCGGCAGCAGGAGGAUCAAACCCCAAAGAAACUUCGACCCACCACCAGCACCACACAAAGGACCUUCCAGAAGACGGAAAGAAACCCACCACCGUCGCCGAUGGUACCGCUACUUGUAGUCCUGUUAACGACGACGGCAACGCACCAGACUUUGCGACAAUGUCCUUCCUCGCCUGGUUCAACUAUCUCCAAGUCGGGAUCUUGAUCAUCGAGUUCCUACAGCUGUUUUCGUUCCCGCUUCGGGAGCUGAUGGAGUUUUAUAACCAGGCCGAAAAGACGAGUGCGAUGUAUGAGGGUGCCAAGACGAUCCUGGAUGUCUUUCGGACUACAGCAACCGAUGCAGGGAAUGGGACAGUGUCCUCAGCAGCAACAGCAGGAGCAAGUGGUGGCGGCGGCGGUGGUGGGUCAGGGAUUCAGUACAAGGGUGGAAUCUUGUCGAUUGGCAACAACACGUUGUUCGACUUUAACCCUCGGAACAGUUCGACGCAGGACGAAAAAUCGGCCGAGAGACCGGCGUUUGCGUUAGAGAUCACUGAAGACGACGCGGCACGAGCAGCAGGAUCGGCAUCAGCAGUGUUAGACCAGCAUGGCGACGAUGAAAUGGAGUUGUUUCGGAAGAAGGCGUCGCCACAAGCUCAAAAUGCGACAGACGGAAGUACAACAUCAACAGCGCACAAGAUCGCCGAUGGCGGUACUCAGAAACUGGGAGCUUCGGUCGAAUGGAUCAAGGAGAACCUGCAUUCCUGGCUACCCAACAUUACAGCACUGAUGGACAACAAUACCAUGGAUGGGCUGGAGUCUGGUCGGUUUGAAGAGCUCCGAGAUAACCUCGUCAACGCAGCCGUCGGUGUAGCGCUACAGGGGCUCGGAAGCACCAACUCUUCCACAUCCUCAAAUAUAACAACCCUUUCCGCAGGCGGCGAUUCAGUAAUCAAAAAAUCACCUUCGGACAACAUCCGCGGUGGAAACAGCAAUAGUGGAGGAGACGGCGAUAUAGUGAUGCAGGUUGUCAACAGUCUGGGCCUGCAGCCCACGUUCCUGUCCUCGGCGGCAUGCCAAUCCCAAGCAAUCCACGCCUACGCUCAUGAAAAAUACGCCCAGCAACAAGAACAAGCCCUCCACGAAAAAGGCGGUCACAACCCGAAAAUUCAAGCAACUUCUAUCUUCUCCUCCGUCAUCGUGACCCUCCUCGACCCAGCCUCAACCGUCGCAGCCCCCGCCAGCUCCCUCCUCUGUACAGGUCCCCUCGUCAACCCAGGACUCUACCUCACCGCCAGUCUGUUCGCCUACACUCUCGCCUAUGUUCUUUUUAUGGUGUUUUUGACAUCCUUUGAACGCGUCCCGGGGAAGGGGGAGAUCUGUUUCCGACCGAAUGGGGUUGCGGUGUUGAAGAACUUGGGCCUGUUGUUGGCGGUGGAUUUUCUUUUGAUCCAAUCCCCUGCGCAGAGACGGUUCCGGGGCCUGGUGUCGAUUGGGAUCAUGUUGGCGAUGGCUUGUUAUACGAUUCGGAUGAAACCGUGUUACUGGAACAAGAUUAAUUAUUGGAGGACUUUCUCGUUCUCCUGUGUCCUUUACGCCUCCCUCCUCGUCGCCCUCCUCUGCCCGUCCCCGCCCGUUCUCGAAAAGAAGUCUAACACCGGGGGUAGCACCAAAGCCGAGCGAGAACGGUAUCGUGAGGAUGUAGGACGAUGGGUGAUGUCGCCCCAUCUGAAGAUGGGCGAGGGUGGAGAGAACGCAUGGAUGGUCAUGGGAAAGGCAGGAGGAGGGCCCAAGGUGAUGUUGGCGUGGAUUGCGGCUGGAUGGGUGUUGCUCGUGAUUGUGUUCGUGGUGGUCGAACGCGUGUUUCUGAGACAUUGGACCAAGAAGGUUGCUGUUGUCCCUGUACCCGUGCAGUUUGUUAUGCGGUCCCAGCCGGUGGGGGUUGAGUUGUUGGCGGAUGGGUAUGGUGGGUAUAGAGGGUUGGAUAUGUUUGGUCGAGGUGUGGGUGUAGGCGGUGAUGGUGGCGGUGGAGGUAUGUACACGAACCCAGGUAUAGCUGGUUCACAUUGGAGCGUCGUUGAUCUCUCCCAGACGCCAGAGGUCCGACGCAGCAAAGCCCUUAGUUCCUCUUAA